AAGAGGACUUAUUUCAGAGUUAUCUGCAAGCUGAUCACAGUCGUGAAACCUUUGGCUGGAGAAAAGAUGGUAUUACUAACGCUGUCCGCGCUAUGCUUCCUGAGUAGUGUGUCAGCUACGGCCUUGACUGACUGCCAGAAGCUCAAUGCUCAAUCAAGCGGUCUCAUUGGCUCGUACACCCCGCAGUGUUCGGCUGAUGGCAGCUUUGAGUCAAUGCAGUGCUGGGCUUCUACCGGCUACUGCUGGUGCGUGGACCAGAAUGGCGCUGAGCUUGUCGGGACGAAAGUAAGAGGGAAAGCGGACUGCUCCGUGAAGGGCAAGCUAUCGACGUGCCAAAUCAUGCAAUCCAUCAUCGUGAACCUCCCUGGCUGGUGCGGCCCGCCCAGAUGCAAAGAUGAUGGUAGUUUCGAGGAGACGCAGUGCUGUGCUAGUACGGGGGAGUGUUACUGUGUGGACAGGGAUGGCACGGAACUGGAGGGAACCAGGCAGAAAGGACAGCCUGACUGCGAGGCUACCCACAGCAAAUGCGAGGUUGAGCGGCUCGACGCGCUCUCUCACGGUCAACUGGUGGGUCAGUUCAUACCGCAUUGCAUACCGGAUGGGUCGUACAACUCGGUUCAGUGUUGGGCGAGUACUGGGUACUGCUGGUGCGUGGACAAGUCUGGUGUGAAGGUGGACGGCACUGAGAUAAGGGGCAGCGCGCCAAACUGCUGAAGCUAACGCCAUUGGAGCGAAGAGAGAGAAAAAAAAGAAAUCAGUAAUUAUUAUAGCAGAAUUAUGAAUUAAAAUUUAAUUCUAUCCGGGUUAAA